CCAUCAUUACUUCCAGUCUUCCACACAAACUCCUUUUACCCGCAAUUCUUACACCUCACACAUCCUGAAGCCCUCAUUUCGAAUUUCAAGUAAACCCACCACGGGUUAACUCCCUCAAGAUGUCGACCAUGCGCAACGCCGUGCAACGGCGCAACCACCGCGAGCGAGGCCAACUCCAAGGCCGCGAAAAAUGGGGUAUCCUUGAAAAGCACAAGGACUACUCCCUCCGCGCAAAAGACUACAACGCCAAAAAAGCCAAGCUCAAGCGCCUUCAGGAAAAGGUCCGCGAUCGCAAUCCCGAUGAAUUCAACUUCGGCAUGAUGUCCAGCCACUCGGCGCGCCAGGGGCGUCAUGGCGCGGGCGUGCGUGAUUCGGCCGAGGCACGCGGGUUGGGCCACGAUGCGAUCAAGUUGCUCAAGACGCAGGAUGCCGGGUAUCUUCGGACGGUUGGGGAGCGGAUUCGCCGGCAGUUGGAGAAGUUGGAGGAGGAGGUGAAGGUGCAGGAGGGGAUCAAGGAGGCGCUUGGGGAGAAAGACGAAAAGAAGAAGGUGAAAAAGGAUAACGAUGGGGGCUUUGACGAUGAUAUGGAUUUUGAUUUUGAUUCUGAGGACGAGGAGGAUGAGGAUGAUGCUGGUUCGGGGCGGAAGUCGAGGAAGGUGGUUUUUGCGGAUGAUCGGGAUGAACAGAAGGAAUUAAAGAGGGAGAGGGAGUUACGGUUGGAAGAUGAGGACGAUGACGACGAGGACGAUGAUGAGGACGAUGACUCGUUCGGUCAGCGCAAGAAGCAACAGCAGAAGAAAUCGCGGAAGCAGAUCGAGGCGGAGCGUCUGGCUCUGGUCGAGGCGAGGCGCGCUCGCAAGAUGAAGAAGCGCGCGAUCGAAGCCAGAGAGAACAAGAUCAAGGCGCUGCAGAAGCAGUACAAGGAGAUCACAGCCGCCGAGCGCGAGCUGGACUGGCAGCGUGGCCGCAUGGACAAUGUCGUCGGAGGCACGAAUAAGAAUGGCGUCAAGUGGAAGAUCCGCGAGCGCAAGCGGUAAUCGCUGUGCGUCUGUUCAAUCGCUGCUACAUGAUUGAUGAUUUACAUCGCUUGCUUCCACUGCAUGGGUUGGGUUCGGAAAAGUUGCCCCAUUUUUGUUCUCUUCUUCGAGUGGGUUUUUAGAUCGCCAGGCGUCCGAGAUACCAAAUGUUCUUCAUAUUGUACAUU